UCGUCGACGACACAUUUUAGUAUCAACCCUCGAUCUAUUCAACCGUACUCCGAGUUCCACGUGAUUUUUAUUUAACUCCUUUUUCACUUGAAUAAAAGUAAUUCAAUUUUCAAAAAUAAUAUUCAAUUAAAGUUUUUUUUGUCUUCCAUGUGGAUAAAGAUAUGACAGUGCGAUGUUAAAAUUGGAAAUGGGAAGAUCCCGAAAAAAAUGAAUCAGUGUGGACUAAAUAUAGACACUUUAUUUUGUCAUUCGAUAUUUUAUUUCUCAUAUAGAAACCGAUGCCCUCAUGGCACAUAAAUAUAAAAUGUGGCGAUAGUUCGAUCCUUUAUUGGAUCAAAGAACGAUGUGACAAAAUGCAGUGCCGGAUACCCGUGAAAUUUCUUCAUCUCUGCAGUUUACUUUUUCUUGUUCUUAUUGGGUACUGUGACGGCUACCUAAACAUAUUCAUCAGUCAGUCACAAGUAAUGAAGCUGAUGGGUCUCGAAGCUGAAUUAUUUUACGUAAGAGAGGGCGUUCCAAACACUUAUGCCAUGACUUUCGUCGUCCCAGUGCCAGCAAACAUAGCUGAUCUUGAAUUUUCUUGGCAAAGCACAGCAGGAGUUCCCCUACCAUACUCUAUGGAGCUGGAUUAUGAUGUCGUCGGAGUGCAGGGCGGUAACCCUGAAGCAGUGGCUCUCUUACGACCACAAGUCAACGUUUCAGCGAAAGGGGAAGUGCCUGUGACACUUCAAGUCUUCAGAAUCAGAAUCCCUUGUUCGGGUCUUGUGAGUGCCGAGAUCCCCAUGGCUUUACGGUUAAACGUUUCUGCACCGCCAGGCACUAAGUACAACGACACUUCCUUAGUCUUUAAAAGAAAUAAAAUAUGCCUAAAAGGUGUUGAGGCGCCAUCAAGCAACGAUUCGAUCCGUUUGGAAGCUCCUCUUGUUAAUGGAACUGGUGCUCUUUACGUAGCUGCCACCUGCGCGUGUGCAUUUAUUCUCGUAGUUGGAAGUGUCGUUAGUGCUCUUUACGUACGAAAUAGCAAAGCUCGAGUACAAGAGUCACAGAAGACGUUACCAUGCUGUAGUUACUCAGCAGCCGGGACAGGCGGUCUAACCGGAAGUUCAGUGCUCGUAAGGGUAGAUCCAAGACCAGGAAGUGCUAACUCCGGAAGCUACGCGACUAUCGCAGACCUCGAGCCUUUGUACGCAAGACCGUGCGGUUCCAGAGCGAGCUAUUACGCGGCCAGUCACGUCACAAAUGUCAGUCAGACCACUGAUCCUUGUGAUAAAGCAAGAGCAAUGGCCAUACCAAGAUCAGCUCUUCAUUGUCGAAGUGUUGCUCAAGAGGGAACGUUCGGAAGGGUUUAUAAGGGCACAUUAAAUGUUGCGGGACGAGAGCAAGAAGUUAUUAUCAAGACUGUCACAGAAGUGGCUUCUGCAUAUCAGGCAUCCCUUUUGGUGGUGGAAGGGUCGCAAUUAGCAGGGCUAGUACAUGGAAAUAUAGCAUCAUUGGUAGCAGCAUGCUUAGAUAGUCCAUGUCCGCUUCUUGCUUAUGCAAGUUCAUCGAGUGAACUGAAUCUAAAGACCUACCUUACCGAUGGUAUUCAUCACCCAGUCACUAGAGACCUGGUGAACGUUGGUGUUCAAGUUGCAAGAGCUGGCGCGUUUCUUCAUGGACGUGGUCUUUUACAUAGGGAUAUAGCAGCACGGAAUUGUCUCAUGGAACCUAAUAGUUUUCGAGUACGUCUAGCAGAUGCUGCAUUAGCACGAGACUUAUUUCCUCAGGAUUAUCACUGUCUCGGAGACAAUGAAAACCGCCCAAUCCGUUGGAUGGCCUUGGAGAGUCUUGAACACAAUCAGUACAGCACGGCAACGGAUGUGUGGUCAUUUGGGGUUUUCUUGUGGGAAUUGGCAACAAUGGGCGGGCAACCUUAUGUGGAGGUGGAUCCCUUUGAAAUGAUGGCUUGCUUAAGAGACGGCUACCGACUUGUUCAACCCCGCCCCUGUCCAGAUGAACUUUUCGCUGUAAUGGCUGUCUGCUGGCUUGGAAUAGCAAGAGAUAGGCCAACAAUGCCGCAACUUCUUGCAUAUCUGCAAGAAUUUCAUGAUGCUCUUGGGGGAUUUAUUUGAAGUGUCUUAUCCUCAUUAAGAAAGAUAUCAAGUUUUUGGUUUAAAGAUUAAAGUCAUCCACAAAUACCCCAGAAUCUGCAGAUAAAAAAAUAUUAGUGACCAGUCGAUUCAAUUUACCACGACGAUCAAUUGAUCCAAAUGAUGAAGGAUUCAUUUUUCUUGAUAGUCUAUAUAACUUUUCUAUAUAACGAAUUGGAUUCCGCGAGGACAAUGGUAUGGACUAGAUGGAAUUUUGAUGGAAUUGGCUUUCUAUUCUCUUGCACUUCCCCUCUUAUCACUCUAGAGUUAUCCCAAAGUCGUUUAGGGGAUGAUUCAAAGACGAAAUAACCUUAAGAUGCUUCUAACGUUGAGACGAAGGAAAUCGACGAUUUUUUAUUCAAGACGAUUUGCCACAACGCCGCGCACUGGUUUCUUCUCGGCACACAGCCAGAGAGAACAAGAAAAGAUUAAGGGGUUGAGACAGGGUGGGUUAUAAAUUGCGUCUCGAAAGUGGCGCGUUAGUGGUCCAAAAAGGCAUUCCAUGACAGGAGGAAAAAUGAAAAAAUAAGAACGAAAGUAGAAGGAGUAUAGGUAUAUGGAGUUUAUGGAGAAGAGAAAAAGAGGAAUGGUUCAUUUCUUCGUGUCGUAAAGAGACGCGAGGAAGUCAAGAAAGCCGAAAGAAGAAUUGGAGCCACGCACAAGGAAUAUUGAUAAAAAAAUCUAUAAGGAUUUAUAUGGACUUUUAUAUAUAUAGAUAUAAAAAAAAAUAUAUAUAUAUAUAUAUAAAGUAUUGCCCUCGUAUCGGGUGGUAUUCCAAACGCUGAAAGUAAAAGUUGUGCUAAUCGAAGCUCAACCAUGAGCUGCUUUAAUCAAACCGUAUCUCAAGUCUGAUGAAAAUCAAAUAGCGUGGAAUUGAAUAAUAUCAGCAAUACAGUUUUCAUAUUGGUAAAUAUUUUUUUUUGUUCAAAUUAUUAAAUACAAAUACUUCUUUUUACAAACAUAUCUCUAAUCGUUUGCGC